AUGGAACAGAUUAAUAAUUUUUAUAGUACUAUAUUGAAAUCAUCUCAUCCAUUUUUAUUAUCUAUCCACUUAGGGGGAAAAGCUGUACCAUUGAUAUUUUAUGUAUUAGGAUCGCUAUUUAUGGGGUUUACAGCCCAGUUUAUAUCUGUGGUAUUAUUACUAGCGUUUGAUUUCUAUAUUACCAAGAAUAUAAGUGGUCGGAAGCUUGUUCAGUUACGUUGGUGGUAUGAUACUACUGGUAAACAAUCAAGUUCUUUUACCUUCGAAUCUUACAAACAGUUCUCACCAGGUCCAUCCAUCAACCCAAUAGAUUCUAAACUAUUCUGGUGGUCUAUAUACUUGACUCCAAUAGUAUGGAUUGUAUUUGGCAUUAUGUGCAUUCUAAGACUAAAAUUGUUCUACUUCUUAUUAGUUUCUGUUGGUAUUUGUUUAACAGGAAUCAACGCUUAUGGAUUCCGUUCCUGUGAUAAAUGGGAACCAAAUGCAAAUGAAGAUAGUAACAAUUCAUGGUUCCAAUUGCCUACAAUCCCAGGCCUGGAUAAUUUAAAUGCCUUAUCACAAGUUCAAUCAUUUUUCCAAAGUCGUUCUGGUUAA